AUGGCGGAACUGUUCAGGGAUACAGCCUUCGGCCAUUUCAUACGACUCAUUACGAACAAGAAGGCCUUCCAAUAUCCUGAGGAGGCCGACCCAUCAAUAUGGACCCGAUUCAUCGAUGAGAAGAAGUCUGGCUAUCUAGCUCAUCAUGGCGACACCAAUCCGCCAGAAGAAGACGUAGAGAUGGAGGGCAUCGGAGGCGUCCGCACACGAGAAGACCAGUUCACGUUACAACCUCCUGCCAACCGACCAUCCAUGGGUCGCAACUCGGAGAGUUCUUCGCGGACACGAGUGGGCAGCAACGACGUCAACAUCAACCAUGCUAGUGGUGUCAAGGUGGAUCCAGAGAAGGGACGGGAUCGUCACCUUGUCACUUGGUAUGGCGACAACGACCCGGAGAACCCUUUGAACUGGUCGCGAGUCAAGAAAUUCUUUGUCACGUUCGAGAUCUGCCUGUUGACUCUGUCCGUCUACAUCGGUUCUGCUAUCUACUCGGCCGGUACGCAGAGUGUCAUGGCCACCUUUGGCGUCUCUCAGGUUGCCGCAACGCUCGGUCUAUGUCUUUUUGUCGCCGGCUACGGUCUUGGGCCCAUGCUCUGGUCGCCAAUGAGCGAGAUUCCACAGGUCGGCAGAAACCCCAUCUACAUCGGUACACUCGCAGUGUUCGUUCUUUUCCAGGUUCCUACUGCACUGUCAGUAAACUUCGGCAUGUUACUCGCUUUUCGUUUCUUGACUGGAUUCUUUGGCUCGCCAGUACUCGCCACAGGCGGUGCAUCACUUGCCGACAUGUAUGCGCCCAAGAAGCGAGCCUACGCCAUGGCCAUUUGGGGCAUUUUCGCUGUCUCUGGUCCGGUUCUUGGUCCCUUGGUCGGCGGCUUCGCAGUCGAGUAUGGUUUCAUCGAGGGCGGCUUCACGGCACCAUGGACCUGGCCCAUAUGGGAGCUAAUGUGGCUUUCUGGCUUCUGCCUCGUUUUCCUUUUCUUCUUGCUACCUGAGACCAGCGCCAACAAUAUCCUGGUUCGCCGAACCAAGCGUCUGCGAAAGAUCACUGGCGAUGACAAACUCGUCUGCGAGCCGGAGCUCAUGUCCGAACAUAUGACUGGAAAGGAGAUUCUCAUGAUCUCCGUCAUUAAGCCAAUCACCAUGAACUUCACCGAGCCUAUGGUUUUCUUGCUCAACCUGUACAUCGCUCUCAUCUACGGCCUGCUCUACAUCUGGUUCGAGUCAUUCGUCAUCGUGUUCGUCGAGAUGUACGGCUUCACCCUUGGACAGGAAGGCUUGGCAUAUCUAGGUAUCCUCGUCGGGUCAUUGGUCGUCAUCGCUCCGUUCUUCGCAUGGCUUCGUUACUAUCUCGAACCGCACUUUGACGAGGAGGGCAACAUUCAGCCGGAAAAGCGUCUCAUCCCAGCAUUUGUUGGCUGCUUCUGCAUCCCGAUCUGUUUGUUCUGGUUCGGCUGGACUUCCCGGCCAGACAUUCACUGGAUCGUGCCCAUCAUUGGCACAUCAUUCUUCUCGAUUGGUGCAUUCUUGCUCUUCAGCAGUGUAUUAAAUUACCUCCCAGACGCUUAUCCUGAAAAAGCAGCGUCUGUUCUUGCAGGAAACGACCUGUUCCGUAGCAGCUUCGGUGCUGGUUUUCCACUCUUUGCAAAUGCCAUGUUCACCAAGCUCGGAGUUAACUGGGCAUCGAGUCUGCUCGGCUUCCUGUCCAUUGCCUUCAUUCCGAUCCCGUUCCUUCUGUACAGAUAUGGACCGACUCUGCGCAACAAGUACAGCAAGGACGCUCGCAAAGAUCCCGACUAUAAGGGUUAG